AUGGGCACAUUACAGUACCACUACAUAGUACGCUGCUUGUCACUGCGCAGUUCUUUACUCAUGCAGAGUAGUCUACUCUAUGAACAGUGUAUGCACCAACACGGCAAAUUCUUCCAGUUUUCCGCUUCGCCUAUGGUUCACUAUCAUUCUGGCUGUACGCACAAACAUAGCAAGCCAAUUUUUAAUCAAAUUACUUUGGGUGUGCAGAACAGAGCACCACUGUUCAUAUACUUUUCUAGUGCCCAUGAAAAAUCGUGCAUAAUCUACAUAGUAGAGAAGGAAUCACACAGCAAUGCCCCCACCAUUUCUCCCCUUUGGUCCCUUUUUUUCCACUUUUUCCAAGCGUUCCCUCACCCAGAAGCAACACCCAUGGCCUCCCUUCCUCUGCCAGCGACUCCUUCCAUCUCUGGUCCCUCCUUCCCGACCACAUUCUUCCUCCCACCUUCACCACCAAACUCUGCAACCACUAGCCCAAACUUGGCCCUCGCACGACUUCCAUCGUUUCUAAAAUUUUUUUUUUUUUUUUUUAUUCAAUUUCCACCUUGA